AUGUGGAUCUUGACACUAUGGAUACUUCCUUUACUCUACAAAUUCAGCCUGACAGCUCUGCCAGCAAAGCCUGAAAACAUUUCUUGUAUAUUAUAUUAUAAGAAAAAUUUAACUUGCACUUGGAGUCCAAAGAAGGAAAUCAAUUAUACCACAUACGUUGUUAAUAGAACUUACUCUUUUGGAAAAAAACGUGACAUUUGUAAAGCCAAUAGUUCGACAGGUGCUUCGUGUUCUUUUUUCCGUCCAACUAUAACACCCCCAGAUUACUUCACCAUUAAAGUGGAAGCUGAAAAUAAAGAUGCUGUAGCUACAUCUGAUAUUACACGUUGGACCUUAAAUGACAUAGUGAAAAUGGAACCACCUAAGAUUCUUUCUGUGAAACCAAUUUUGGGCAUCAAAAAAAUGAUGCAAAUAAAAUGGGAAUGGCAUGAUUCGUUAUUUUCUUCAUCUGAUUUCAAAUACAUGCUUCGAUACAGGACAAUCAAUAGUACCCAUUGGGUGGAAGUUGACUUCCAGAGUGAUGAUCUGGUCUACAACCUCACGGGGCUGCAGGCUUUCACAGAAUACAUCAUAGCCAUGCGAUGUAUGGUCAAAGGAUCAUACUUUUGGAGUGACUGGAGCCAAGAAAAAAGGGGACUAACCGAGGAAGAAGGCAAGCUGCUCUCUGUAAUUCCUUGUGGCCUGGAUCUGUGGAGGGUCCUGAGACCAGCUGAGGUGGAUGGAAGGAGGCCAGUGCAGUUGCUCUGGAAGAAAGCAAGAGGAGCCCCAGUCCUGGAGAAAACAUUUGGCUACAUCCUAUCAUACUUUCCAGAAAACAACACUAACCUCACACAGAUAAUUAAUACCACCACCCAGCAGUGUGAGCUGUACCUGGGAGGUGAGACCUACUGGGUGUCUGUGACUUCUUAUAAUUCUCUUGGGAAUUCUCCAGCGGCCACCCUGAGGAUUCCAGCUGUUAAUGAGCCACCAUUUCAGUGCAUUGAGGCCAUGCAGACCUACUUUGCCCAGGACCUGCUGGUGGUGGAAUGGCAAAGCUCCGAUCCAGUGGUGGACACAUGGAUGGUUGAGUGGUUCCCAGAUUUGGACUCGGAGCCCUCUGACAUCUCCUGGGAAUCUGUGUCUGAGGCCAGGAACUGGACAAUUCCACAAGAUAAAUUAAAACCUUUUCACCUCUAUAACAUCUCUGUGUAUCCACUGUUCCAAGACCGAGUGGGAGAACCAUAUUCCAUCCAGGUGUAUGCUAAAGAAUGUGCUCCAGAGAGGGGUCCUGUAAUCAAGGCAGAAAAUAUUGGUGUGAACACAGUUACAAUUACAUGGGAAGAGAUUCCCAAGAGUGAGAGAAGAGGAUUUAUCAGCAACUACACCAUAUUUUACCAAGCUGAAGGUGGAAAAGAAUUCUCCAAGACAGUCAGCUCCAGCGUCCAGCAAUAUGACCUGGAAUCUCUGACACGAAAGACCUCUUAUACUGUUCGUGUCAUGGCCAGCACCAGAGCUGGGGGGAAAAAUGGGACGGAGAUAAACUUCAGGACAUCGUCCCUCAGUGUCUUUGAGAUUGUCCUUAUAACUUCUCUGGUUGGAGGAGGACUUCUUAUAUUCACGGUCCUGACUGUGGCCUCUGGUCUCAAAAAAGCAACCAAGUUGACUCACCUGUGUUGGCCCAUUGUCCCCAACCCUGCUGAAAGUAGUAUAGCCUCGUGGCACGGAAAUGACUGCAAGAAUAAGCCAAAUCUUAAGGAAUUUGAUGACUCUGUGAACACAGAAGAUAGCAUCCUAAAAUCAUAUUGUGUUCCCAGUGACCUUAUUGACAAGUUGGUGGUGAACUUUGAGAAUUUUUUGGAAGAGGUGUCCAUAGAAGAAGCUAAAAAGGGCCAGGAAAACAUUUGGGGAGGAGAAAAGAAUGAGUAUGUAACCUCCCCCAACAGGCCUGACUGUCCUCCAGAAAAGAGUUCGCAGUUUUUAACUGAGAUUCCUUCCAGAAAAUCCCAACUCUCAGAAAUGUCAGAAGAUAACUCUUCAGAAGUUGAAGAGCAACUUCUCUCUUCUGGUGAAAGUUUAGGACCAGACUAUUUCUAUGAGGAAGGAGCAUUAAAUCCAUAUUUGAAAAAUUCAGUAACAACCAGAGAAUUUCUUGUGCAUGAAAAACUUCCAGACCAAACCAAGACAGAAGUCUAA